AAUCAUAUUUCAUUCACAGUCCUAUACGCUGUCAGUGAAGGAUUAUCCUCGCCUGGAGCUGGACACACAUGGUUGCGGUUUACGCUGCUCCACGCUCAGCGACCCCUCCCAGGACCUCCAGUUCAUUGUGGCAGGAAACAAAUGUGUGUAUCUGUACCAGCCAGAUGAGCGUGGCCCCUGCUUUGCCUUUGAGGGUCAGAAGUUGAUCGUUCACUGGUAUCGGGGAUACCUCAUCAUUGUUUCCAAGGACCGGAAGAGCUCUCCAAAAUCAGAGUUUGCUGGGAGCGACCCACAGAACUCUGACAAGCAAAUAUUGAAUGUCUAUGACCUGUGUAACAAGUUCAUCGUGUACAGCUCAGUCUUCGAUGAUGUGGUGGAUGUCUUAGCAGAGUGGGGGUCUCUCUACGUGUUGACUAGAGAUGGGAAGAUCCAUGCGCUUCAGGAAAAGGAUACUCAGACCAAACUUGAGGCAUUGGGGUUGGAAAAGUCCAUAGCGAUGGAGAACAAGACACUGAGGAACACUCAGGAUGAAAAUGGCCUGAAAAACAGAGUUAUCCGAGUGGGCACCAGGAAGAGUCAGCUGGCCCGGAUUCAGACAGACAGUGUAGUGGAAAUGCUCCGCAAGCGAUACCUCAACCUUCAUUUUGAGAUUGUUGCCAUGUCAACAACUGGAGACAAGAUCCUGGACACUGCUCUUUCCAAGAUUGGAGAGAAGAGCCUCUUUACCAAGGAGCUGGAAAAUGCACUGGAAAGAAAUGAAGUUGACCUGGUUGUUCACUCCUUGAAGGACCUGCCAACUUCGCUCCCGCCUGGCUUCACCAUUGGGGCCAUCUGCAAAAGGGAAAAUCCCCAUGAUGCUGUCGUUUUUCAUCCCAAGAACUAUGGGAAAACCCUCAACAGCCUUCCUGAAAAGAGCGUGAUUGGAACCAGUUCACUUCGGCGAGCAGCUCAGCUCAAAAGGCGGUUCCCUCAUCUGGAAUUCAAGGAUAUUAGAGGAAAUUUAAACACCCGCUUGAAAAAGCUGGAUGAAAAGGAGGACUUCAGUGCCAUAAUUCUGGCUGCUGCUGGACUGAGGAGGAUGGGCUGGGAGAAUCGUAUUGGUCAGAUCCUAAACCCUGAAGAUUGCCUUUAUGCUGUUGGGCAGGGUGCCUUAGCGGUAGAGGUCCGAGCUAGAGACGAAGAGAUACUGGAUAUGGUAUCUGCCUUGCAUGAUGGGGAAACAGUGCUGUGCUGCAUUGCUGAGAGAGCCUUUAUGAGACACUUGGAGGGUGGAUGUAGUGUUCCCGUAGCAGUCAGUUCUAUGCUGAAAGACUCCCAGUUGUAUUUGACAGGAGCUGUCUACAGCUUGGAUGGAUCAGAUAGCCUGAAGGACACUAUGCAGACUGGUGUUAACUACCCACAGCAGAAUGAAGAGGGACCCAAUGAUGAUACACAGUAUGUUGGCAUCACAGCCAAGAACGUUCCUCGUCAUGCUCAAGAGGCCGCAGAGAACCUGGGUCUUGAACUAGCCAGCUUACUGCUGAGCAAGGGUGCUAAGCGUAUCCUCAGUGUUGCAAGGCAGCUCAAUGAUGCCCGAUAGACACAUCAUUCCCACCCAUCAGCAGCUCUUGCAGUUGGCAUGAUUCCUGCACGGUCAGAAGUUUGACAGAAAAAACAUGGACUUAGCUGCUGCACUGUUAUCCUUCCUUAGGUGGAGUCUCUUAAUUUACACUCGCAUCCCCUUUUCCUUGUGGAUCUGAAAACAAAACUUAAUAUUAAACUCUGUAAUUUGAGUA